CAGGUUAUCAUUCCCAUCUUUAGAACGAGGACUACAAAAAUGUCAAGAGAAAACAUCCCAAGUAAACAAGAAUUUUGUCGUAAAUUUGUUAAUUUCUUCGUUUGUUAUUGCUAUCUCUAAGAAAUAUAUUUUUUCAAUAAAUUUUGAACGCACAUAUACUUCUUGGUAAAUUAAGUCUCGUCAUCUAAUAUACUAGUAAGUGUACCAAGUAUAGUAUCAAAAUGAUUUUAAACUAUAACUCUUGGAUUUUUACAUAUAAUGUCUUUCAUUUAACAAAAGUGAUUGUGAUAUAGAAAAAAAGUUCAAAAAGCAGAAGCAACUUCAUAGCCAACGAUAUUAAUCAAAAUGGUUAAUUCAUAUUAGUACGUCGGUUGCAAAACCCAUGCUCAUGGGAAGUGAAUCUACCGGCAGAGGAAGACGGUCGCGAAAUCUCUCAGUUUCCGAAACGAAGACAGCCGCUCCCUCCUCCUUGUCUCAGCUUCGUUCGGUCAUUCGCAGGUUUGCUUCCUUUACCUCAAGUACUAAAAUCUAUAGUUAGACAAAAGCAUUAUGGAUUGUGUUGUUGCAAGUUUGUUAGCGAUUUGGGUUUUACAAAGGAGAAAGUCAGAUAUUAAAAGCGUAUGGUUGUGGAAUUUGCAGAUAGUGAAGUUGCUAUCAAGUGUAGAUGAAUCAAAGACUGUAAUCAAUAGUAAGGAUGAUGAAGGAUGGGCUCCUCUACAUUCUGCUGCUAGCAUCGGCAAGGGGGAGCUCGUUGAAAUCUUAUUGACUAGAGGUGCUGAUGUGAAUGUCAAAAACAAUGGUGGUCGCACUGCUCUUUAUUAUGCUGCUAGCAAGGGAUGGUUGGAAAUCGCUCAGCUUUAUUUUAAAUCAGAUGAACGUGUGCCUACUGAGUUGAAGAAAUCAAUCAUGCAAGCCCGAGGGGAGAAGAAGCUCACCCAUUCCCAACUCGCUCAAGUACACUACUUCUCUCUUCACUCGGUCUCUUUUUUUUCUGAGUUUAAUAGUAUCCAUUGGUCUGAUCAGAAUAUACACUUGUUAGAAUUUGGGAAUAGGUGAUAGAUGUUAUUACCUCUAAAACGAGAAAUCAUGCUCCUCCCUGAUUCUUAUAUACUCAACUAAACUCUUGUAAGGUUGAUGUAGUGUUGGAUUUGCGAUGUAAAGAGUUUGUAUACUUAUUUGAUUUGCAAUGUUAAAUUUUUUGUUUUUAAGAGACCUUAAAUAAGAAACUAGCAUUGGAGUGAAAAAUCAAUGUGUCUCUUAACUAGAGUUUUUAAUUACAUUUAAUUAUUAAAAUAUUUAUUAAGAGACCCAAAUGAGUUUGUGGGUUAAUGAUGCUCUUAGUGCACCAUCAUUUACACUGUGAACUCUGUUGACUAAUAGUCUUGUGCAGCUCAAUGUGGCUGUCGAAAAGACAACCAAAUUGAAAGAGAAAUUUUCGAUGCCUUGGACUUUGGUUCAAAUACACCUAACAUAGAAUAGUAUAAUGUCUUCUUGGAUAUCACGAUCCACAACAAAGCAGUUUUCCACCUUCACUACUUCGCUCCUUGAGAAAACUUUCUUAUGAUUAGUAAAACAAAUAAAACAAAUGGGGUAGUUUUGUAAAUGUGUGGAAUCUUGGGCUUCAAGUCGGUCAUGACAUGCGGUCCGCUUCUCGCUGUCGAUUGAUGACAAGUGAUGUUUGCCGAUCGACGUUUGACUCUGAAUGUCGACUCGAACUAGUCCCAUGAGCAGCUACGAAUUUCUCAUAUCUUUAUCUUCAAAAUGCUCCAAAAUCACCACUUUGUUCAAAAACAUACCUAAACCUGUAAAUACUUUAAAAAGACUCCAAAACAUAAUAUAUAAAUCUUAAAACACUCAUAUACCAUGGCUAAAAAGUAAAAAGUGCUAAAAUCCAUGGUAUAUUAGUAGACAAGUACAUGAUUCAUGGAAACCAGUCCAAAAAUCUCAGUCAAUUAAAAAAUAAAAUGAUAUCCUUCAAAGAAGGGAGACAUAGACUGAGUGGAGUGAGAAGAGAGAGGAAAUGAACUAAAGAAGACUGCAUGUAUGUUCAGAAACCUGUUGGAGUAAGAGUUCAUAUAUCAUUUGAUCGAUAUUCACAAGGUAAAGCCUACACUUUGUUAUUUCAGAAAUGAGGUUAGUACAAAGAUAUGUCAGACGGUAUAUGGUGAGUUGGAUCCUAAGCUUGUCGGAAAAAUUGGAUUUGCAUACGAUGGUUGGAAUUUUAAGAUUUAGACAUCAGAUUAGACUCGCAUCGAGAUCUGGAUAUCUUACUUAUUGAACUCGAGUUCUAGGACAGUUCGUAUUAAAUCCUUAGCAUUUGUAAAUUAUAGUUCUGAUUGCCUGCUUAAAAUAGGAUAAUUUUCUGCUCAAAAACCACAAAGAACUAUGAAUUUAAGUAAAUACCCAUAACAGUAAAAGUUAAGUUUCAUUGUAGAUAAAGUAGUUGCGAAAUGAUGACUUCAGCCCUUCACCGUAAACUGUUUGACUUUCAACUCAAUUUCUAUCUUACGAUAUUACUUGACAUAUAGAUUCUGAAAAAUAUAAAAAUAGAUUUGAAAAUAUAUGUGGAAGAUCUUUAAUAGAUCUCACUGGAGAAAGAGAGAGAUAGAGAGCAUUUAAAAAAAGAAGCUUUUUUUUUAUUUCUUCUCCACCAUCUUUUUUUCCCUACACUCCUCUGUAGCUUCCCAAAAUCGACGAUUAAGAUCUAUCAAAGAACGGAUCCUUCAAGAUGGAGCUGGGGCAGAUCUUCGGUACAUGAAAGCAAAGACAUGUGGAGACAUCGAUGGCUCCAUGCUGCCACGCAUGUUUAUCAGCGGGAGGUAUGUCGGAGGGUUCAGAAUACUUACUGUGUUGAACUUCUUGAGCAGAUUUGUCUUCCUUCCUCCGCUAAUGGUGAUCACAUUAAGCAUACAAAUGAUGUUUUACAUCUUAUUGUUUUAUCCUUCAUGAUGGGCUUUUUAUUAUAGACUUCAUCUCUUAGUUUCUAGUAUUUAUCAGCGAUUUGAAUUAUGUAUUUUAAUGGUUGUUGCAAUUUAAGAUCUUUUUGGAUUAUGUAUUGUGAAAAUAUUUACAGAAAUAGUUAUAACAAUGAAUCUCAA